AUAAUGAAGUAUGGACUUUGAACCAUUUUAUCAAGUGUUGUGCAAAUUUAUAAAUAUUGAAAUACGUGUUUAUAAAAUGUUUCAUCUAUAUGAAAAAGUAAAGUAGAAUGGAAGUAUCAGGGCGUCGAACAGUAGAAGAUGACAACAUCUCGCAAGGACUCAUAUGUCGUCCGUGCCAAGAAGACAAUGUUAUUCAACAGGCUCAUGGAUAUUGCAUAAACUGCAAAGAAUAUUUGUGUGAGACGUGUUACAAAUAUCACCGUCUACCAAAACCUUCCAAGGACCAUGUUCUUGUUGAUGGAAAUAUUGAUGAAUACCAGUCAGAAAAGGAGUUAGAUCAGGCUCCUCCUUCUGUCCCAGAAAGGAAAAAUGUCUAUGAUACAAAAUGUAGAAUCCAUCAGAAUGAGGAUUUGAAAUAUCGCUGCAGAGCACAUAACACAAUUGUCUGCAGCGUGUGUGCUUUAAAACAACACAAAGAAUGUAAGAACGUAGAUUACAUUCCUGAAAUCUGUGACUCUGAAAGUAGGCUUCUGGUGGAAAAAAUCGAAUAUGUCGAGGGAAAAGUUGAAUAUAUACUUAAGCAAGAUAGAGAGGCUUUACAACUCGCGGAGGAAUCGUACGAGUCAGCGUUGUCUGCCCUCAAAACACAGAGAUGCCAGAUAAAUAGAUAUUUUGAAGAAACCGAAAAACAAAUCAGCGAUAAAAUGUUGAGUUUUCGCGAGAAAAGCAAGAAACGAGAGGAGGAAACGCUCGGAAUUGAUCAGAAACUAAAAGCUAAAAAAAUGCUUCUGGCCGCAGCAACGCCUAGUUCUGAAAUAGAAAACUAUAUUUCAAUAAGCAAAACAGAAGACGAAGUGAAUAACAUAAAUGCGAAAUUACAAGGAGUGUUUGGUCGUGCACGUCUGACCAUAUCUUAUAAUCCUCAUCAGCCAUUGCAAGUAUUGGGAGAGGCUAUAGUUGAGCAACAAGAAGGAGAUGUAGGAACUAGGAAACUGAAACUUCUUAGAAAGGUGAAUAUUGCUGGAGGGAAGGCACACUGCGGUAUAAUAGAUGUGACAAUGCUCCCAAACAAUCGAGUUUUACUGAUACUUGUGGAUCGUAUAAACAGUAGACUUAUAAUUAUAUCGAAGGAAUACAAUGUGUCCUUUCAUCAAGUUCCAUCAGAACCCUGGGGUGUUACAUAUAUAUCGGAUACAAAGAUAGCAGUUUCGUUUGUUGAAUGUGAACAAGUACAAAUCAUUAAGGUCAUUACUGUCAAGGAUACUAUCUCUUUAAAAAAUCGAAAAUCUUUCAAAGUUUUAGGGAAACCUCUGGGGAUCAGAUAUCGUAAAUCUGACUGUUCACUGCUCAUUGCUUUUAACAACUCCCAAAGAUAUACCCUAGAGUAUUGGUCUUUAGACGGAAACUAUCUGCGUACUGUCGCUUCAUGCGAAUACAGUAUUAACUUUAUAACUCUUACAGCCGAUGAGAAAAUACUAUAUUCAUCUGCUGAAAAGCAUCUUGUCUGUUUGCUUGAGCCAGAUGGUAAAGUGUUGAAAUCUUUUCAAUAUGCUGAUGAUGACAGUAUGUGUGGACCUUAUGGAAUUGCGUCUGAUGCGUUUGAAAAUAUCUAUGUUUGUGGACAAAUGCGUUUACGUGUCGUAUCAAAAGAAGGGAAAUGGGAACAAAUUCUUGCUCAAGAAGACGGAUUUGCUCCAAUGUCUAUACUUUCCUGUGACAAAACGAAAAUACUUUUUGUUUGUCAAGCCAAAAGGUAUGAAGAUGUGCUUGUGUUUCAGAUUUGAAGCAUGUAGAAUUUAAGAAGUGCUUGAUGAGGACUUGUGUUGGUGUUUUAGGCAUAGGAAAUAUAGAGCUCAAUAUAACUGCCUGUUCUGUGUUGCAAAAGUGCUUCUAUUGUGACAUUUUUAUACAAGCAAAACUUACUGAUAUUUCAUUUUAAUAUCGGCUUGUUAAAAGUUAUUUUGUUACCAUAGGUAAGCUGACAAAAUCAUAUGAAGAAGGUUUUAAAGGGUAAAUCAAACACAUAUGAAUAAAGUAUUAAAACUUCUGUUAUUUAUAUUAACAAAACUAUCAUAAAUUUCACUUUUGUAAAAUCAUUUUAGGUUAUUUCAAGGACUUAGAAAUCAAUUUCUAGACUUUUAAUAAAUAUAUAUUUCUAUCAUUGAAAAUUAAAUUGUCUAUUUUUAUUAGAUAAAAGCGAUAACUUUGUAUAUAAACGGAGAGCAAACAGUCAGAAUAACAAUUUUAAAGCUAGACUGUUUUGGGUUUUUUAUGAUUAUUCUAAACAUUUAUAUUAGACAAAACUAUUUUCAAGAAUUAUCUUAAUUCCGUCGAAAUAAAGAACAAAAACGUAAGUGCUACAUUCUUUCACGUGAAUAAUAUGACCCUCUGAUUACACCGUUGGCAUAGCGGGGGAAAAUGUUUAAAAAAAAUGUUUUCACUAUGCAUCAACCGUAACAAAUAUUGUCAAAAUGUAUAAUCAAACAUUGCAACGGAAGGAAAAGGGUUGAAUUUUGAGGAAAGAACUUCUUAGGGUUGUUUAUCUAACUGACGACUCAGAACGGAUUUUCUUUACCUUAUGUACUUUACUCCCAGUAAGUUUUCUGUACUUUUUGAAUUGGUUGCCCCUGACCAUAGACAUAUGACAGAUAACAGCAUCAAAGAAACAGCGUAUCCAGAUCUAAGUUCAUUUGCAAAACUAAACACAAUUAUUAGCAAAAGAUGAGUCAUCCAUGCAUUUAAAGAUUUAUCAUUGCAAAAUAAAACAACGCUAAGACAUUUAGAUUUAAGGGGAAAAGCAACUAUCAGUGAAAUCAAAUUGAAAGGCAUAUGUAUAACAUAGGCAAUUAUGCAAUACAGCGGGCAUUGAAAAAGAAAACAAAGUUGGAAAACACGGGGAGGAACUGUUACACGAGACUCGGUUGUGGUGGAUAUCAUGUUACAGAUGUAGGAUGCUGCUGCUACAGUUUUCCCGGAUAACCUUACAGCAUAUGUAGGAUAAUAAUCGCUGAUGGUGGUUUGUUGACCAAUGAUUGGUCAAGAUUUAUCUCUUUUUUGCAAAAGUAUAAAUUGUAUUUCUAGAUCAAUGGUAUGUACGUCAUUUGAGACAUGAAUUAACAUGCGAAACACAUUAUACUGAAUUCUAUCAAGCGUUUUAUGAGUCUCAGAGUACUCGAAAUUUUGAUAUAAAAUUAUCAAAAAGGAAUUGAUUAAAAGAUAUUUCAACCACAUUUUUUGCUCAUUUGCAUCGAUAAAAUACCCUUUCAGGUAUGCACUUAUAAUACGAGGUAGAAAAACUACUGUGGCUCUAAUUUUUCGUGGUUUUAUAAAAUGUUACAGUUAAGCAUGAUAUGUUAUAGUUGUGGGGUGCUACUUCUGGAUGUGUUACAGAUUUAGGAUGAUACUUAUUGGAAUACGCUUAGACAAUAUACAUCGCCAGAAUAGUAAAUAAAAUUCAAACAUCAUUAAUUAUGCGUUUAUUUGUGUAAGAUGUAACAAAUAUAUUAUACCAAAUGCAAUUUUUUUCGAAAUUCCGAAUCAACAUUUGUAUAAUACUAAAAUGAUAUAAACAUUUUCAAUUGAAA